AUGGCGGGUAUGUGCUAUGGAUUAAAUGCUGGUGAGACAGAAACAACAGCUCCAGUUGAGCCAAGUUCGAAAUCCGCCAGGAGGAGGAGGAUGGAAAUUCACCAAUUUCAGUUUGUACCAAACGAUGCCGCGGUGGCUCCGCAGCUAGAAAACGGUAAAAAGAAGCGGCGGAAGAUGGAGGCUGUUGCUCCGGUGUCGACACCCCGGCAGUGCUCGAACGCCGUCGACCAGCCCGAGACCACAUCUUUGGAUUUAUCUGCAUCGCCCUCGUCGUCUAGGAUUGAGGCUGGCGUGGUUCCAGAUUGCCCGAAAUUUGGCAUGACAUCUGUUUGCGGCCGGAGAAGAGAUAUGGAAGAUGCUGUGGCAAUUCACCCAUCUUUUUGCGGCCAAAACCAUAAUUUUCCAAGUGGGUUACAUUUCUUCGGGCUCUACGAUGGCCAUGGCUGCUCACAUGUGGCCACCAAGUGCAAAGAUCGGAUGCAUGAGAUAAUGAAAGAUGAGGUCGAAACUGGGGAGGGCUCUUGGACGGAAAUGAUGGCUAGUAGUUUUUCCAAAAUGGACAAGGAGAUAACCGAAUGGAGUAGUGGCGCAGCAGGUGUCUCAACCGCCACUUGCCGCUGCGAACUUCAAACUCCUCAUUGUGAUGCCGUCGGAUCUACGGCUGUUGUGGCGGUGGUGUCACCGGACAAGAUAAUUGUGUCCAACUGCGGCGAUUCGCGCGCAGUUCUUUGCCGCAAUGGUGUUGCAGUUCCACUCUCCACUGAUCACAAACCGGACCGACCCGAUGAACUUAAUCGGAUUGAAGAAGCCGGCGGUCGUGUUAUCUUUUGGGAUGGACCGAGAGUUCUUGGAGUUCUAGCUAUGUCUCGUGCAAUUGGCGAUAACUACUUGAAGCCUUAUGUUAUAUCGGAGCCGGAGGUGACCAUAACUAACCGGACGGCGGACGAUGAAUGUUUGAUUUUGGCCAGUGAUGGGCUAUGGGAUGUAGUGUCAAAUGAAACCGCCUGCAGGGUGGCGCGUAUGUGUCUUCAAUCGCGUAAACCAGCAUUGCCGCCGAGAUCCCCCGGAAGCGACACCACUGUCACCUCCGGCGGAGAGAGAUCUGAUAAGGCUUGCUCGGAUGCGUCAAUAUUGUUGACGAAGUUGGCAUUGGCGCGAAAUAGCACCGACAACGUUAGUGUUGCGGUGAUUGAUUUGAGAAGGGAGCAUUAA